AGUAAAACGAAACAAUGAAAGAGAAAAAAGGGUGAAAUAAAGAAAGAGCAAAGGGUUGCAGAGAACAGCAUAGGUAGCUGUUGGGUGAGGAAAAGAACAACAUUAAUUGAACUAAAAGCUAUCUUUUUAUUGGCUCAGCUUCAACAGGGCUUCGUGCAUUAUUAUUCGGUUUCUUUUUACGAGUGAAGAACAUGGCCUAUUGAAAGCUGAGAAAAAUAUAGAAUGACACUGGUUUCAUUCAUUGGCUAGGAGUUAAACUAAGAAGCCAGCAAAGGAGGGUAAAACAGUUGCAGAGCGCAGAGGAAGUUAGGGAAUGCCUUCACGAGACACGAGUGUGUCAGAUGUUUUGGGACACUGAGGUAUCUUUCUUUUUGAGGAUACGUCGCUCCAGAGGACAGAUGAAGAUAGAGAUUUCACUAUGGGGCUCUUCUCUUCUCAUCUCUUUCUCCCACUUUUGAAUUUGAUUCUACCAAGAUGCAUGUUUUUUGUCAUGUAAUGCAGAUUUCCACUAGGCGCUUUUCUUGUGUCUUGAAAAACUGUGUCUGUGACUGGGUUUUUCUUCGGUAGGCUUCACUUCUUCAACGUUCCCACUUGCACUAAUAUUAUUCAAAGACCCAAGUAGUAGUAGCAUUUGCAUUUCCCUCACGCACCCAAUGGGUAGAGCCAUCAGGUGGUUGAAGGGGUUGUUUGGGAUAAGGACAGACAGAGAGCGCAAAGAAAAUUCAAAUCACUCAGACAGAGAUUCCCGAGGUCUAUGUCAUAAUCCAACCACCAUUCCACCCAAUAUUUCACCUGCAGAGGCCGCUUGGCUUCAAUCCUUCUACUCAGAAACUGAGAAGGAGCAGAAUAAGCAUGCUAUUGCAGUUGCUGCAGCCACUGCAGCAGCCGCAGAUGCCGCAGUGGCUGCAGCACAGGCCGCCGUGGCAGUGGUUAGACUAACCAGCCACGGCAACAGCAGAGACACCACGUUUGGUGGUGCUGGACAAGAAAGGUUGGCUGUUGUCAAGAUUCAAACCGUGUUUAGAGGAUAUUUGGCAAGGAAGGCAUUGAGAGCCUUAAAAGGAUUGGUCAAGUUACAAGCACUUGUGAGAGGGUACUUAGUGCGGAAGCAGGCAGCAGCAACCCUGCAUAGUAUGCAGGCUCUAAUUAGAGCUCAAGCAACAGUAAGGUCUAAGAAAUCUCGCAAUGAAGCUCAUAGGUUUCAAACACAAGCGCGAAGAUCCAUGGAGAGAUUUGAUGACAUAAAGAGUGUGUACAUAGCUCCCAUCCAAAGCAGAAGGCUAUCAUCUUCUUUUGAUGCCACAAUGAACAAUGCAAACAGUGUUGAUGGGAGCCCCAAAAUAGUGGAAGUGGACACUGGCAGUGGCAGGCCAAAGUCAAGGUCUCGCAGGAGCAACACCUCAAUGUCAGAUUUUGGUGAUGACCCAUCAUCAUUCCAGGCACUUCCUUCUCCUCUCCCAUUUGCUCAUUUGUCCAUACCAAACCUCAGGAAUUACCACAACUCAGAGUGGGGCUUAACAGGAGAAGAGUGCAGAUUCUCCACAGCACAAAGCACUCCACGCUUCACCACCAACUCUUGUAGUUGUGGAGGAUCUGUUGUUGUUGCUGCACCUACGAAUAUGAGUAUGAGUAUGACACCUAAAAGUGUUUGCACCGAGAACAACUUCUUCUAUGGGCAGUAUCAUGACAAUUUUCCAAACUACAUGGCCAGCACUCAGUCUUUCAAGGCCAAACUGAGGUCUCAUAGUGCUCCAAAGCAACGCCCCGAUCCAGCUGGGCCAAAGAAGAGGCUUACCCUCAACGAGAUGAUGGAGUCUAGGUGUAGUUUAAGUGGGACUAGAAUGCAAAGGUCUUGCUCUCAGAUUCAAGAAGCUAUCAGUUUUAAGAAUGCUGUCAUGAGUAAGCUUCAGAAGUCUGCAGAAAUUGGAAGGGACACAGAAUUGAACUUUUCCAACCAAAGGAGGUGGUGAUUGGUGAAACUUAGUGAUAGAGUUAGCUUUCUUUUCACAUUGUUAGUAAUAGUUGUGUUCUGUGUGUUUCUGCGCCCCAUGAUUGGCAAUUUCAGAACAUAUGGUGGGUAGGAAACAGGGGAGUCAAGACAAAAUAGAAGGAGAACAAUUAGAAGGUCCCCAAUGUAAUUUGCUUAUGGAAUUAUCUUCAUAUAUUGUCAUUAUAAUCAAAUGCUACAGCAAUUAAUUUUCAUCUUCAUAGUUGA